GACUCCCUGGGGUUUUCGCCAUUUGAGUUAGUUUAUGGGCGGCACCCACGGGGGUUGUUGGAUUUAGUGAAGGAGGAAUGGGAACAGGAAAAUACUACAGGGAUGCCAGCGUUGACACAAGUGUUACAAAUGAGGAAACAUUUACAAGAGAUUCAAGGGAUAGCCAGGGACAAUUUGAGGGAAGCUCAACAAGCCCAAAAGGAAUACUUUGAUAGAAGGGUUAAGGAAAGAAAAUUCACAGUAGGACAGAGGGUGCUAGUUUUUCUACCAGCGCCUACCAAUAAAUGGUUUGCCCAGUGGCAAGGCCCUUUUGAGGUGGUACGUCAGGUGGGACCAGUAGAUUAUGAAAUUCAGUUGGGGGGCCCCAGAGCACGAAGACAAAUAUUUCAUGUCAAUCUCCUUAAGGCUUGGAGAGAAAGAGAGGCCUUGUGGGCUGAGGAGACAGAGGAGGAAGGUUCAGAGCCGGACGAGGAUCUAGGUGCCGGGUGGGAGGACGCCGGGACUCAUCAGGAGUUACCCGUGAUGACUCCCCUGAGCUCACACCAACAACAGCAGGGACCAUGGAUGCUCGAUCGCCCGUCAACCCUCUUAACAGGGGGGUCAUGUAAAGAGAAGAGGGAAGAGGGUCGGGUUGAGCGGGCGAGAGGAGGGCUUCAGGACCCAGGGGAGAGGGAAGACAGACCGGGAAAGGAGGAAGACCAGCUGGAUCCAAGAAGGGAAUCAGAGACCCCACCUUGGGGGUGGGAAGGAGCCACUGGAGGGUUAAUAAGGAGAAAGGGAGAGGCGAAAGGGGGGCGGAGAUUUGGCGGAAGAUGGAGACGCGGAGAGAGGGACGGAGAAGGGAAAGCUGAGGGUUACUCUGCUGCGGAAGGAGAGAAGGUGACCCGUGAAGGUGGUGGACCAGGAACCCGGGUGAGAGUGGGGCCAGUUCUUGCAACACACCCAGCCUGUGCUCGGAGAAGGGAAGGGACACAGGCGCAGCCUUGGAACCUGGGCAUAGGGCAGGAAGGAGAAGGGGCGAGAGGAGGUGAGGAGAGUUGGUGGGCCGUGAGGGAACGCCGAAGACUACUGGGGUCCCACGCCAGCCCGGCACCUAGAGACGAGGGGGAGUCCUCGGUGGAAGACUAUCGCCCGGCACGUCCUAGUACCCUGUGACUGCUCCUCAUAAAGGAACCAGCCCAGUGAAGUAACUGGGGGAUGUAAAAGGACUUCCUUUACGCUUUCUGUUGUGUUAUUCCCUAAAGUGGCCCCAAAGGGACUCAAGUUAAUAAAGUUUCAU